GCUAUGUCUUAAUUAAUUCUCUUGUGUGUAAUCUCAAUAAUGCUGAGUCAGCAGUUUUUGCGUCUGGAAUUAAUAAUCUUGAUGGAAUAAGCUAACAAGAUGGCCGUACAGGACAUUGUAGGAACCUGGUUUCCCUCAGGAUACUUCGGGCAUUUCAGAAGCAAAACAAGAAAUGACAUUCUACAAGAGUACAGACAUGCUGCUGCCCCCAGCCCGCCUGAGAAGUUCGUACAGAGAGUCAGGCUCUGCCCAGAUCGUCACACAUUCUCCAAACACGACAACAGACAUUCGUUCCCGACAGAUGCAAGCUACUUUGAUACGGGUCUUGGACGGCGGAAAAGCGGGAGAGCUUCCACCGUAUUCAAACCCGAUUUCAUCGCUUGGAUUCCUCACCAGGAUGAACUGAAGAAAGAAGGAGCGGCAAUGUCUGUUUAUAGAUUAAACUUCAGACACGGAGAUACGUCACCCGAACCCGCAUCUCAGCGUCUAUCACCAACCGUUCGCCGCAAGAUGGCGUACCAGGAAGACAAUUUCGGAAAACAAAAAUGGAAGAGCGAUUACAAAAUGUAUUUUCAACACGGGCAACCAAACCAUAAAGUCGACACAGACUUCAAUACAGGACGACAAUAUGAAGGUUCUGAAUUCAAUACCCGAUCGUACCAUGAUGUCAACUCGACAGGAAAACUUAGAAAAAUUGUUCCUCAUUAUCUGGCGCAUACUGAAUCCGUAGCCCGGAGAAUAAAAUCGGCUCCUUUAAUGAGACUUAGCGUAGGAGACUGCCUCAUGUGGCCGAAAAAGCAACUAAACGAGUCGAUCGUAAUUCCGAAUCGUUAUGACAAAAAGUCCGAACAUUAUAAAUUUAGGAACCCUCUCCAAGCCAAACUGCCUCGCAAAUUCAAAGACUGCCACGGUCCCACUAAAGAUGAGCUUCUCAAGCCUCCUCCCUACCAUCAACGAGAAAAAGUACACUUGCGCCCUCCGGGGGUUACCAAGCGUCCCCAAAGCGAACGAAGAGCGGAAAGCUACGUUCGUGUCCCCUCUACUACAGCCACUACUAUGACGUAUGAAACCCCACAUUAUGACGUCACCCCCACUCCCCCAGUCACCCCUAGGCCACCUCCAGCUUACGAAGCCGCUCCAACUCCCCCUGUUACGCCAAGACCGCCUGUGACGCCACGUGACGUCACAAUGAUUCAACGACCCCCGCCAACCGCACGUGACGUUGCGAUGACGUCACAGUAUCAUUCCAACGGUUGUAUGACUCCAGCUGCGACCCCAGUGACGUACUUUGCACCCACUGAUUCAACGCUAACCCCAACAUGGGUGAAGCAGGGUAACCCGAUCCCAACUGUCGUAGUAAAUUAGAUAAUAUAUUAGUCAAUUGAAGCAAACUACCAGUGCACUGAUAAUUGGGCUUAUGAAUUGUUUUGCAAAAUUAUUGUAAUUAAAUGUAAUGAAAUCGCUUUUUUCCGGAACUAAUAGACCAACCAAUUUCAAUUUUUCAUCAUCUAUAAAUGGAGGUAGUCGUUACGAAGCUAAUAUUUUUAAUUUGUUUAAUUUCUUUCGAAUCUUACAGGAAGAUGUUUUACACGAAUAUUUGCCUUUAAUUUAAAUCUAUUGAGAAACUCUUUUAUUUAAUACGGGAAUACAUUUUUCCGUCACGGUUUUUCUCAUCAACCAAUCUGCCAAUCAAUCCCAAAUUUUCACACCUCAAUGAUUGAAAAGGUUGUUAAAAGGCUAUUAAUUUUAAUUUUUUAUCCAAGCUAUCGAUGUUUCACGAGUUGUAAGAAGGCUAAUACCCUUUUAUUUCUUACGAGUCCGUGGGUUUCGAAAUUUAGCGAACGUUUGCCAAUUUGACAGUGCUGUGAUAAUGGGGCUCAUUAAUUGUUUUGCAAAAUUAUUAUUGUUGGUGCAAAAAUAUCGUUUUCCUCCGGAAAUAAUUGUUCAUCAAUUUCAAUUUCUCAAAGAUAGAAGAAGUCUUUAGGAGGCUAUAACUUUUAAUCUCUCUUCCAGGCUAUCGAUGUUUCACAGAAAAUAUGUUUGUAUUUUGAUCUAUGGGAACACUAUUUAUGAUAUAUGGGAACACCCCAUUCCACUACACUUGUCCACCGAUCUUUUCAGCAUACUAGGUGAUUUGCUGUGUCCUGUGAAACCCGAUAUUGCACCCGAAUUAGGCAGUUAUAUUUGAAUUAAAGGGAACACUUUUUUUUUAUAAAUUAUGGGAACACUUUAUUCCAUCAUGCUUCUCCACCAAUUUUUUCAGCAAACUAAGUGCUCUGCUGACUUACCAUUCUCAUAUUAUUGAGGAUUGCUCCCUCGUUUCAAAACAAAAAAUGUAUUUCCAAUAUAUAUUACUAAUCGCUCAAUCAAUUUCAUCACUUCAAGAUGGUAGAAGUCGUUAGCAGGCUAUUACUUUUAUUAUUCCUUAUGAGCCACAAGGGGCACAACAUGACGUCGAAGUUAAUUUGUUUCUUUUUGAUUUAUGAAGUGAAGAAACAGUGCUGUGGUAGGAACAUAAAUGAGGAUCGUUUCGUAAAAUUAUUGUUAUUUCAAAUCAAUGUUUUCUCAAUCAAUUUCAAAUGUGCAUAACUUUAAGAUGUUACAAUAGGUGAAUAGGCUAUUACUUUUAAUAUUUCUUAUGAGCCACAAGGGACACAACAUGGCGACCAAAUUAUGCUGUUCAUUUUGAUUCAUAAAAUAAAAGUAAAAAGUGCUGUUGAAUAAGAAUCGCAAAUUUAUUGUAAUUGUUUAAAAAAAAAUUGAUUUUCUCAUCAAGUAAUUGGGCGAUCAAUUCCAAAUUUCCAUACCUUCAAGAUGAAGAAAGUUGAUAGGAGGAUAUUACUUUUGUUAUUUCUUAUAAGCCCAGUAAGAGGGGGGGGGGUAAAGGUAGAAAAACAGUGCUGUAAAAUAAGGGUCGUUUUGUAAAUUUAUUGUAUUUUCAAAUCAAUGUUAUCUCGUAUAAAUUUCAAAUUUUCAUAACUUAAAUAUGGAGAAAAUUAUUAGAAGAGUAUUACUUUUUCUUAUGGGUCACAAGGGACACAACAUGGCGUCCAAAUUAUGCUAUUUUAUGUGAAAUGUGGAUAUCCAAAAUAAGGCGAGCAAGAUCUAAUUUAACAAAUUUUUUUUAUGCCCCUCACGACAUGUGUACCACUUCGCUUCGGGCAUCGUGUUCCUAUAUUUGAGCAUUUUUCUCUUUUUUGUUUAUUAUUAAUAAAAUAAUUGUAGUGAAUUAUUUGAAUUCUUAGUUUUUUUAACGAGGCCAGCGCAAAACUGCAAAUUUUCUCUAAAAAAAUAUAUAUUUAUUACGGAUAUACCUAUUUUUCAUGAAAGUUUUAUCAUCGAAUUCACUGAUCUGAGCCUAGUACUAACUUUUGGUACUCUAAAAUUUCAUUGGUUUUUAAUAUUACCCGCAUCCAAUUAAUUUAAUAUUCUUUCUUGUUUAUAUUUGAUAAACAAGUUUUUUGAGUCUUGGUUAUUAUUUA